GGGAAAAAGGCGCAAGAAUGGGACUUCCGAGGCGUCACUGACCUCCUCUUAUCGGGAUCUUUCUAUGGCUGCAUGGGUGCCUUCUCGGUGUUCCCCCUCCUCUUCUUCCUCGCCCAUGCCUUCAGAUCUGAGGCCUUCACAAUCAUCAGGCCGCCUGCCGGCGCCGCACAGCUGCCUAUGCGCGCCUCCUAUUCGGCUGCAGCAGCCGCCACGGCUUCUCCCACAGUCAGCCUGCCGGAGGCCACCCGUCAUCGCUGCAGCAUGCAGAAGGUGACGUGGUGCCAGUGUCACACGUGGAGUGACUUGAUGCAGCUGCUCGAGGAGCACCGCCAUCAGCUCUCGAGGAUACCUUUACACUCGGCUGUUGAGGCGCUUCAUCGGGCCGCGGAACUGGCGAAUAGCCCUCGAUCUGGUGUGCAUGCAGCUGUGCUGGACGAGCUGAGAUGGCGGGCAGAAGGAGGACUGAGGGAGGCGCCGAAUGCUGAGAUACUGGCCAAGGCGGUGUGGGCUUUUAAUCGGCUGGGGUGGGACGUGAGCGGCCUCCUCACACUCGCGCAGGAGCCCAAGUGCGUGUCGACUCUCACCCACCGCUCAGCCGUCGAUUUGCUCACCGCUAUGGCAGAAGCUCGUCGGAAGAGGCGGCCAGGGCCAGCCCCGCGGACAUACCCCCUUCUGACGUAUGUGGCAUCUCACAGCAGCACAAUGGUCUCGAUGCACGUGACCAAGGCAAUGUGGGCGGUGAGUGAGCUGAUGAGGGGGGCCGGGGGCGGCCAAGAGACGUACGCAGAGGUGCUCGCGUCGCUGGCCGAUCGGAUGGUUGUGCUGAUUUCUCGAGACCAAUGUCGCAGGCUGCCGCAGAGCGUGGCGACUGCACUUAUGGCUCUUGGUGAGACAGAGAGGGGGACGACAGAGCACCAACAGGAGAGGCAAUCAUCUCGUGUGUUGUACUUGUCAGGUUCCUGUGGUGUCCUCCAUGUGCCCCUGAGCCGCUCCAUUCUGUCACUCGUACGGCGCCGGAGGGUCAUAUCUUCCUUCGCCCAGAGAGACCUCCGCGAGACGGCCAUUGGCAUCGCCAAACUAUCUGACCUCAUCCCCCACCCCAGCGACCUGUGGCAGCCCAUAUUUCAGGCACUGCACAGCCUGAUCGAUGAGGUCAAUGAGAGGCAGGACGGUGGUGUUGAUGUGCGGACGAUGGCCAAUGUGGCGUGGGCGGCGUCUCAUGUAUAUAGGAGGGGAGAGGGGACGGGGAGAGAGGCCGGCCGGGCGGUGGGGACGCUGAUGCAGUGGCUGGUGGAUGAGCUUGAGGGCGGGAGGAGCUUCAACGGGCAGGACCUGGCGCACUCUGCGAUAGCCAUUCGGUCAGUGCGACAGCACGCAACACGUGCACAGCCACCUCCCUUAUAUUUGCUUUUGGUUUGUCGGAUUGCAGGUGGUUCCACGGUGACGAUGCUUACCCAUCCCUGGGCCUCAUCGCUGACCGCGCUCUGCUCGCCAUCGACAGGCUGUCGCCCCGCUCCCUCACCACCCUGGCCCGCAUCCUGACGCUGCCCCACGGUCCCGCCGCCAUGCCCCCUCCCUCAUAUUUCAUGGCUAUCGAGUGUUUCCAGAAGGCGGCACUGCAGCAGGUGGAAGACCACCUGAUGGCCUUCGACAGCCGCGACAUGGUUGCCUUGCUCAAGGCCCAUGUGCCGGGCCGCCACACUGAGAGGGCGUUGUUCCUCGUCAAUGAGCACAUGGGUGCGCGGCAGCAGACCUGGCUGAAUCGAUCGCUGCCCGGCCUGGUCAGGCUGGUGGCGAGUGUGGGUCAAGGGCGGUCGGAGGAGACACGACGGGCGGUGGACAUGGUCAAGUGGAAGGUGGUGCACCACCUGGCCGAGCUGGAUGUGCCGGUCUGCGUCCACCUGCUGAACGAGCUGUCGCAUCUCUGGGGCUACGCCCAUGCUGCGGACACAUCAACGGACCGAGACGAGUAUACCAGUGUCGCCCGUGGCUGCCCCCCAAAGCACGUCGUCGUCCAUCUGCUGGCAAUGAAGGUGGCCGAGGGCGCUGACCGCCUCACGACGCGAGAGCUCUCGCUGACGUUCGGCUCGGUGGCUCGGCUGCACUACGGCCAUCCCGCGGUCACGCAGCCGCUGAUGGUGGCCCUAUCGUCCAUCCUGGACCACACGCAGGAGGGCACAUUUGACGAUGCUGGCCUGGCUGGCGUGCUAUGGGCUCUGGGACGCCUUCAUUUCCACGAUGACCGGCUGUUGCCGCAGUUGCUGACCCUUGUGCCUUCGGUGAUGGCCAUCUGCUGUCCACUGAGCGCUGUGUUGGCCCUUCACGGCCUCAGCGGUCUCCUCGACGACACGGCCGUCCAGGACGAGCAGGCACAGCUGGCGAUCGACACGCUCAUUUCUCGCCUGACGCCAUCCGUCGAGUCUCUCGCCCCUGAGUGGAUCUCGUCCAUCAUGUGGUCCCUAGGCCGAUUGCACCACCACCCGAGCGGGGGGUUUCUCAGCGCCAUCGAGAAGAGGACAGUCACCGAGAUGGGCCAGUGGCCCCACCAGACCCUGGCAUGUGUCGCAUGGGGGUUCUCGCGGCUGCAGUGGGGGGACAAGGGAGAACUAUGGCGCCUGCUAGUGCAGGAGGCGACAGGGAGAGUGGAGAGCAUGAACGGGAGAGAAGUGGCCGACGUGGUGCAAGCUUUCGAGGCUGCUGACGUGCUGACGGAGGACUUCACCCGGGCUGUCCGCGCAUGGGUCCGGCGUCACGUCAGGGAGAGUGACAAAGAGGGCGGGUCGUCCCUGCCUGUGCGGCUCGGGGACCUCUGCAGCCUCCAGUCCGUCGUUGACAUCGACGCGCUCCCCGGGCCGCUGGGUGGUGGCCUCUCUGUGUGGCGUCUGCCCUACAAGCACCUGCAUGACCCGAGCCUUCUGGACGACGAGUACCUGGUGUGGCUCGUGGGCCAGCUGCCCAGGUCUCCUCUGCGCAGGUGCUCAGAGCUGGGCGAUCUGCUCGUCUGGGAGGUGGCUGCUAGGGCCGCGGAGUGGCCGCUGGAGCGGCUAAGGGAAGCACUGGAGCACCUCUACAAACUGCACGUGAGACCAAAGCAACAAGCAAACAAAAUCACAUUGGCGCAUGUCUUCCACGCACCAAUUCACUCAGGUGUCUGACGACCGGCUGAUCGAGCCUCUCCGCCAGUCCCUGUUGUCGCGGCUGCAUUGCGAGUCCAUCCCCCUCCCAACACUCAUGUCGAUCGUCAGAUCCCUCGCCGCACUCACACAGCGCACUGCCGAUCGAGCAGCCCUGCACUCACCGCCACCAGCCCCCAUCCAUGGUGGCCCGUCAGAGCGCCUCGGCCGCCCUCCCGUCGCAGCACACAACGAAACGGCUCAGAGCGCCCUGCACGAUGCACUGGUGGAGAGGGUGGCUGACGAGAUGGAGAGGGUGUCACCCUCCGAGGCCUCACGACUCCUGCUGGGUGUGUCCACCCUCGUCCAUAGAGACCACCCUGACGACAGUGCGCUGCCGCCGAUGUCUGAGGGCGAGAAGAGCACACAGCUGCCCACCAGGCUCCCCCGCAAGUUUGCGCUCCGGCUUCCAGCGGGGUCAAGCAGCGGGGACAGCAGUCAGCAGAUUGAGAGAGGUCACCUAGCAUCGUCGGUGCGGCGGUGGCUCGCACAGGAGAAGGUCGUGACGUCGCUGACAUGGGAGGACCUGGCGAGCAUCGGCACCGCCCUGAACCGGCUGCGUUGGCGCGAUGACGUCAUGUACGGUGUGCUGACAAACGAAGUGGCUCGUAGGCGGCUUGCUGUGGAUAACGAUGGAUCUGCCGAUGGCCGGUGGGAGGCAAUCAUGAGUCUGGCGUGGUGGGGUGCGGGGGUCAAGGGCAGGAGGGAGGAUUGUGCUGUCGUGUGAUGUCAUGUGAGGACUAGUGUCGAGCUGGCCAGGAGAUAUCUGAGAGCUGUCAAGGAAGAAGGGGCUGUCAGGCGACGGCCCUGCACCGCAUUUUUGUACCAUGAGGGAGUGCGUGAGUGAGCGAUGGAGUGAGUGAGUGAGUGAGUGCACUACUGUGCACGCGACUGACUAGAUGCGGUUUUGACAUGAGUCGCGAUGGAUGGAGGACACGCACCAUGAAGCUCAUUUUCGAGAUGUCCCCUUCAGCCUAUAACAAUUGCAAUGGCGUU